AUGGCUUCAAUCAACUCUCUGUGUCGUUUAUGUGUACGUACUCUACUAGAGUACACCCCUGAACAGUGGCUGUACAGAAUAGCUUUCAAGCAGUCAAUUGAUAGCUGUCUAUGGUCAUUGUCGCCGUUUGGCAGUACGCUGCCGAAUUACAAUACUGAGUUCCAUGUUGAAGGGCUAGACCCCUCGCGAGUCAUAUGGCUUACGGAAUGCCCAAACAGACAGCCUGAUGACCCAGUGAUACUGUUCUGCCACGGAGGAGCAUACAUGAUGGGCCUCUUCUUUGGCUUCUUCACCUUUUGGAUGGUUGUGGUGAGGAGACUAAACAACCCAAGGCUCUCUAUAUUAGUACUCGACUACACGCUGUCACAGGAUGCAAAGUUCCCACGACAGUUGUGUGAGAUCACGAUGGUCCAAAACGAGCUGGCAAACUCAUGUAGGAACGUCGUACUGGCGGGGGACUCCGCCGGUGGGCAUUUGAUACUGUCCAUGCUACGACACAGCGUCGUUCCAGUUGAUGGUGUUCCUCCCAUCGACACCAAACUCGAGAACACUGUGAAGAGCCUCAUACUGAUGUCUCCCUGGCUGAACCUGUACCCGACCGAGGUUGGCUCGUACGAGAAGUACAAGCACGUUGACAUGCUCUCCCUCAACUUCCUCAAGAGAUGCACACUGAAACUCUUUGGUGGUUCUGUUGAUCCACAACUACUGCUUAACUACGCUGAUGCCUCGACGAUACCGUGGCUGCCACAGAGCAUUCUCAUCACGGUCGGCGAGUACGAGUUGUUUCACGAUGAUAUCAUCCAAUUCUACAAGACAGCUAAUAGGGAAUCAUCUCAACUGUUCAUAAACCCGAAAGCCUGUCAUUUUGAAGGGUUCUUGCUGCCAUGGAGCUCCAACAUCACCAGCGCCGUGGUUGAGUACCUAGAACAAUUAUGCACGGUAUAA